AUGGAGGACUCCGCAACCGCCAUGGAGACGGAAUCACACACAGCGCCAGAUAGCGAAUUUGCGCAUUCGCCCUGGGUUGAGCUCGGCACUUUUACUUCCCCCCACAACUCGCCGCCGAUGCCAGAAUAUAGCGGGUUUGACUAUGGUCAUUCACCGCUAAUGGCCGUCGACGCCACCUACGGCAUGUCUAUACCGCCGCCCUAUGCCUCGAUGCCUCUCCCAAUGCCGUCGCAUUCCUGGCCAAGCAUGCUUACACACCAAUCUGCCUUUCACGAGUCGGGAUUGCCUCCCGUUUCGGUCCCAACCUCGGUUUCGCCCUCGGCGCCUACGCCUCCAAUUCGGAAGACUUCGACCGGGGGCACAACGCCGCGCAGGACGCUUACCGAUGAGGAUAGGCGACAGAUGUGUUUAUACCAUGAGGAGAAUAAGCAGGCCAAACAAACUGAUAUUGGAGCACUCUUUGGAGUGGAAAGAAGUACUGUUUCCAAGGUCCUCCGCCAGAAAGAAAAAUACCUCAACCCCGAUGACGGAAGUCGCUCGCCCAUCAAACGGGCCAAGGGCCGAGUCCCCGAUAUCGAAAAGGCGCUAUCAAAUUGGGCACGAAACUACCAACGCCAGGGCUUCCCUCUCAACGACGAAAUGAUCAAGGAGAAGGCGCGCUUUUUCGCAAGCACCUGCGGGUGUCCCGAGGGCAAGGAGAAAGUGCUGACCGCGAGCUGGCUGGAGAAAUUCAAGCAGAAGAAUAGCUUGCUUGGCGCAAAGUCCCGAAGGGGCUCUGGAGAUCGAAAGGGUGUGCGCAGCAACUCGAACAGUCCAACUCGCAUCAACACCGAUUCGGCAAAUGAAUCGACUAUUCACAGUCCCACGGGGCGCUCGCCUAUAUCUCCUAAUGGCUUUGGCUCACCCAUCUCUCCUACGGGUAGCCACGAGGGCAUGAAGCAGGAGGGGGCUGAUGAGCUUCCCGAGUUGACAGGAGGCUGCCAACAUGGUUACUCGAAGAAUACUACGGCGUUGGAUACGACUUCCUGUUCUGUCGGAAUGACCAGCCCGACUUCUACACUCGUAUCCGACAGCCCCUUUACUCCAACAAGCCAACAUCGUCUUCCAACCUCCGGUCCCAACAUGAAUCGCCCUCGCAGCCAGACAUUCCCCCUCGUCCCAAUUGACCCCAGUCUCUUGACCGCCGACGACUCCCAGUGCGGUAAGACCGAGCAUCACAUGGGCGUGACUAUCCUGGAAUCUCCAUUAGAAAUGGACGAGCACGAAACCCACAUCGCCAUCAAGGGCACAGAUCCAUCCAAGAUGAUCAAGCGCAACCGCAGCAACCCGGAGAUCAAGACUGAAUCGAUGCAGCCACCCCCUACAGUCUCCAAGUCAACUAAUGUGUCCCCGAUCAGCGCUCCUGGAUCCCCGACACAGGAUGAGGCGAGACGGGCCUUGGAGCUCGUUAUGAAUUACUUCCAGCACCAGCCGGCCGGACUCGCUGCACAGGAGUACGUGACUAUCGGUAAGCUGAUGGAGCGCCUCGAGCUGGCUAAGAACCAGCAGGGUCCUCUUCUGGGUGGUUUGACAAGAAUCGAUGAGCAUGAUGACGUUCCUCGUGUCACCAAGAAACGGAGCAUCCAAAAUAUUGGGUGA